GGGCGGGCCUCUCAGGUGACAUACAAAGCCCGGGAAGAGGGCGCUCGCGUUUAGCCGGGCGCUUCCGGGGGUUAGAGCUCAGAGCCGAGCUAUCGCGCGGCUCAGCAUGGGCAGUGCACGAACUGCAGGUUGGGUGGCGGCUGGCCUGAUCGUGGGCGUGGGCGCCGGUUUCUACCUCUAUCGCCUGUCGCGUGGCCGGCAGCGCACCAAGCGCGGGGUGCGCCCUUCAGGGUCCGCAGGGACUUUUAUAGAGCAGAACCAUGAGAUGAGACUGGUCCAAGGUGGGAAAAACGUGGGAACUGGCAAGGCAGGCUGGCAUGAAGUGGCACAGAACUGUGAUCAGCCAAUAAGAUUAACUUCAGAAGAUUUAACCAAUGGCUCAUACAACGAUGUCCUGAAUGCUGAACAGCUUCGGAAACUCCUUUACCUGCUUGAGUCAACUGAGGAUCCUAUAAUUACUGAAAAAGCCUUGGUCACUCUGGGUAACAGUGCAGCCUUUUCAACCAACCAAGCUAUUAUUCGUGAAUUGGGUGGUAUUCCAAUUAUUGGAAGUAAAAUCAACAGUCCAAACCACAGUAUUAAAGAGAAAGCUUUAAAUGCACUAAAUAACCUGAGUGUGAAUGUUGAAAAUCAAAUCAAGAUAAAGGUGUUCGUCAGUCGAGUCUGCGAGGAUGUCCUGUCCAGUCCCCCGGACUCUGCCGCACAGCUGGCCGGGCUGCGACUGCUGACAAACAUGACGGUCACCAAUGCGCACCAGCACCUGCUCAGCACUGCGGUGGCAGACCUGUUCGGCCUGUUACUGGCUGCAAAUGGCAACACCAAGAGUAUGGCAACUCACAUUUUACUACAGAAUAUUAGGUCGAUACCGUUCUGCUGCUCUCUGGUUGGAUACCUGCCCUCAGUGACCACCAGUGGGCCUUUGGAUUCUGUGGACUUGUCCAGGCCUGUUUCAUAGGUGCGGGACCAUCUCCUUCACACCUCUCGUUCUUGUUUUGCCAAUGCGGACCACUCUGAUGCUGGAGCCAGUAUUUUUAUCCUAACCCUAACCCUUGCCGGUGUUGAUGACCAUCGAUCUGGCCACAUGAAUGCCACUGACGGUGUCCCUAGGGAGAGCAGUAAAUAAGGGUCAGCUGUCACCUUUACUCCCUUAGGAGGCCUAACUUGAUAAGAGCAUUUGUUUGCAAGAGGUGAUCUCUGCUUCAACAGUCUACCUGUAGUUACCUCUGGGGAGGGGAGGACGCGGGAACAGUAGCUUUUGUCUUUGCCUUUUCCUUUCUGUUUGAAAUUUUUAUCAUGGCCAUGUAUUUUUAUUUUUUAAAAUUGAUAAAAUGAGAUUAAAUAAUAGCUAUAAGAUGAUCAAAGGAAUUGUAAGCAUACAGUAUGAGAUACUGUAUGUGCAUAAAGACCAGAAAGAAAACACGAAAGCAUCAUAGUGAUCGUUUCUGGUCAUUGGGAAUAGGAAUGAACUUCCUUUUUCUUGGACUUUGUUAUCUUUAAAAAUGUUCUCAGGCAAGUGCCAAGUGGUACAGCACUUGCCUGGCAUGUGUGAGGAUCUAGGUUCAAUCCCAGCACCACCAAAAAACAAAAAAAGUUCUGUAGUAAAAUCUGUUGCCUUUGGAAUUAAAAAAAAAAAAAGUUUAAAUAAACAUCCAGGUUUCUUCCUACGAAGGAAACAAUAUUUGUUGCUUCCUCUUGACUUUGUUACCUUCUCCUUUCACCUCACUUAACUACCUUGUAGAAACUGGUUUCACAUGUUUUUUAGGAAAAAAUUCCAUUUUAACAUUUAUAUUAUUUUUCAGAAAUAAGUGGUAAGACUGCUAAAAUUUUAGUCAGCUAUUAAAUGUGUUUACUAAUUAUUUAGAUCACUGUGCCUAUUUAAAUCACUGAACAUUUUUCACAUAAAAAAGAUAACCUAGUACCAAUAAGAAGAAAAUGGCUAUAUUCCAUAUUUAGUCUUGGUAACCAAACUGUUUGGAAAUUUCCAUACCUUCAGGAGAAAUGAACUAAACUUUGAGAGGUUUUUUUUGUUCUAAGGAACAUCCGUCACUCACCAGUAGUUAUAAUAAAGAUCACUCGGCGCCCAUCAGCUUGGGCGACGUGUGCGGGAGCGAAUUGUGAAGGCGUUCGCGGUGCUCCUCCCGUACCCGAAACGGUGGGCUUGGAGGGGUUCUGAGUGGCACUGCUCUGUAAUAAUUCCUCUGAGAGCAGGGCCAGCAGCUCUGGGAGUGCAGAAGGAGAGACUUCAUGGAGUGGGAAGACUGAGCCUGCUUCCGAGCACAGGCAGGACUUCGCACGGAAGAAAACCAGCCGGGAGAGAAGAUCUGUGCUGCUGGCCG